CAGCCCAGAGGGAAAUCGCUCCUCUUCAGAGCGAGGAGGAAGGAAGUAGCAGAGGGAGGCGUUUCCUUAGGGACUAGGGAGAUUCUUAUCGAAAGAGGGUCCCAGGGCAGGCAGAGAGGCAUAUCCCGGGGCUCCCCACACCCCUUCACCAUCACCCCGCCCACACCCCACACCCACUUUCCUGCCUUCCCUGGGAGCCAGGCGGGCCCCUUCCACGUGCACUUUGCACCCCUCGGAAGCUUGGAGGGAGCCGCAGAUGCUGCAGGAUUCUCUCCCCCUGCCCCCCCCCCCCAUUUCUUAACUAGAAGUAAAGUUUACAGGUAAAGUGCUUAUUUGGAGAGAGAAAAAUAACUUGACAAGAAAGACUCUUUGGCCAUAUGAGACUAACUACUGGUCUAAGAAGAUCUUCUGGCUGCAUUAGAAGUUUCAUUUGAUAUCAAAGAACAUAAUGGAUUUGCAAAGCCCAGUAAGUAAUGAAUUAGGGGCGGGAGCAGAAAAAGACCCCCAAAGCAUCCAGGCUGGGAGUGGCAAGGAAUUCUGGGAAAGAAUGGUGCAAAAGAUCCUGAAAGUAGACCCCACCAGUAGUGAUGUCGGAUGCCAGAGACUCAGGCAGUUCCCCUACCAGGAGGCUGAAGGACUCCGAGACAUUUGCAGCAGACUCCACACCCGUUGCAACCAGUGGCUGCAGCCAGAAAGGCACACCAAAGCUCAGAUGCUGGACCUGGUGAUCCUGGAGCAGUUCCUGACUGUCCUGCCGCCGGAGAUGGAGAGCUGGGUCAGAGAAUGCGGAGCAGAGACCAGUUCCCAGGCGGUGGCCUUGGCAGAAGGUUUCCUCCUGAGCCAGGCAGAAGAGAAGAGGCAGGAGGAGCAGCAGGCACUGGGUAUGUUAGCCAACAUGGCCACUGAUCCCCUGCAGGCAGAGAAGGCUCUGUCAGACACCAGGCAGAGGCUGCUCUUCAGGGAGAUCGUGCAGGAGGAGGAGGGGGAUGGAGGAAUCACCUCACUGGGCUGUGAAUUGUCCCUCAACAUUCUUUCUAGGCCUUCUCCGCUUGUUGGUGGAGAGGAAGGUGUUACUGUGCGUUCACCGGAUCAGGGACCCAUGUCCUUUGAGGAUGUGGCUGUGUGUUUCUCCGAGGAGGAGUGGGCUCUGCUGGAUCCUGGCCAAAGGGCUCUGCACAGGGAAGUCAUGGAGGAGACUUCUGGGCAUCUGGCCUGGCUGGUUCUGAAACAUGAGCUCAAGUCUUGGUCAGAAGACAGAGAAGAUCCAUUUAUUGAGGUCUCUGCAGUGGAAGAUAAAUCAGAAGUGCAGAGAAAUAGAACUGAAGAAAAAGAGAAGAAGAAUUCAGCAGCUUCUGAGGGGACAGACCUCCAUGCAAUUCCAGUUGAAGAUAAGACUAGUAACCACACUCUAAGUGGAAACGUCUUAACUAAUAAAUCACACUUUGGUGCACAUCACUGCAUCCUUACAGGAACGAAAGCAUAUCAAUACACAAAGUGUGGGAAUGGCUUCAGGAAUUGGUUGAACCUGUAUGAACAUCAAAAAUACAAUAUGGGAGAGAAACUGCACUUGGAGUGUGGAAAGAGAUUCAGUUGUGAUACUGCCCUUGCUGUCCACCAGUGUGUCUGCAGAGAAGACACAUGCUCUAAAUACAGAAAGAGAUUCAGUGGUAGAGAUGAGCCUCCUUCCUAUCAAAGUUGCCACACAGAAGAGAAAACAUACACAUGCUCAGAGUGUGGAAAGAGCUUAAGUUGGAAGUCAAACCUUUCUGCCCAUCAAAGAAUCCAUGCAGACGAGAAACCAUAUACGUGCUCAGAGUGUGGAAAGAGCUUCAUACGGAAGGACAAACUUUCUGUCCAUCAAAGAAUCCACACAGGGGAGAAACCAUAUACGUGCUCAGAGUGUGGAAAGAGCUUCAGUGAGAAAUACAGUCUUUCUGCCCAUCAAAGAAUCCACACAGGGGAGAAACCAUAUAUGUGCUCAGAGUGUGGAAAGAGCUUCAUACGGAAGGACAAACUUUCUGUCCAUCAAAGAAUCCACACAGGGGAGAAACCAUAUACGUGCUCAGACUGUGGAAAGAGCUUCAGUGAUAAGGGCAGCCUUUCUGCCCAUCAAAGAAUCCACACAGGGGAGAAACCAUAUACGUGCUCAGAGUGUGGAAAGAGCUUCAGACGGAAGGGCCAUCUCUCUGCCCAUCAAAGAAUCCACACAGGGGAGAAACCAUAUACGUGCACAGAGUGUGGAAAGAGCUUUGGACAGAAUGACAAGCUUUCUAUCCAUCAAAGAAUCCACACAGCAAGAAAACCAUAUAGAUGCUCAGAGUGUGGAAAGAGCUUCAGUGAUCAGGGCAGUCUUUCUGCUCAUCAAAGAAUCCACACAGGGGAGAAACUGUAUAUGUGCUCAGAGUGUGGAAAGAGCUUCAGCUGCAAGGGUAAUCUUUCUGUCCAUCAAAGAAUCCACACAGGGGAGAAACCAUAUACGUGCUCAGAGUGUGGAAAGAGCUUCGGACGGAAGGGCCAUCUCUCUGCCCACCAAAGAAUCCACACAGGGGAGAGACCAUAUACGUGCUUAGAGUGUGGAAAGAGCUUCGGUCAGAAGUACAAGCUUUCUAUCCAUCAAAGAAUCCACACAGGGGAGAAACCAUAUACGUGCACAGAGUGUGGAAAGAGCUUCAGACAGAAUGACAAGCUUUCUAUCCAUCAAAUAAUUCACACAGGGGAAAAACCAUAUAGGUGCUCAGAGUGCGGAAAGAGCUUCAGUGAUAAGGGCAGCCUUUCUGCCCAUCAAAGAAUCCACACAGGGGAGAAACCAUAUACGUGCUCAGAGUGUGGAAAGAGCUUCAGACGGAAGGACAGUCUUUCUGCCCAUCAAAAAAUUCACACAAGGGGAAAACAAUAUAUGUGUUCAGAGUGUGGAAAGAGCUUCAGUCAGAUGUACAGGCUUUCUGCCCAUCAAAGAGUUCACACAGGGGUAAAACCAUAUAUGUGCUCAGAGUGUGGAAAGAGCUUCAGAUGCAAGGGUAAUCUUUCUGUCCAUCAAAGAAUCCACACAGGGGAGAAACCAUAUAUGUGCUCAGGGUGUGGAAAGAGCUUCAGUCAGAAGUACAAGGUUUCUGUCCAUCAAAGAAUCCACACAGGGGAGAAACCAUAUAUGUGCUCAGUGUGUGGGAAGAGAUUCAGUCGCAAGAGCAGUCUUUCUGCCCAUCAGAGAAUCCACACAGGGGAGAAACCAUAUACAUGCUCAGAUUGUGAAAAGAGCUUCAGGCAGAAGUACAAACUUUCUGCCCAUCAGAGAAUCCACAGAGAGUGUACUGAGCAGCCUACCAGCCCUGAUGGAGUUAACAGGAAAAGAACCCAUGACCUUCAUUGACAGACUGGCAACACUGGGGCCUGACCAAUCAACCAGGCAGGCAGGACUAGAGGGUAAAGAUGUGCAGGAACCAGUUUUGCUGUCCUUUUCAGAGGUCCAGCGUUUGGACCGGUUUGGCAGCAGGGGUUACCUUUUAAAGAAUUGAGCAGGUGCGGUUAACCCCCGCCCCCCCGACCACAUUUUCCCCACUGGCACUACCACCAAAACCACUGGCACACAGCUGCAAGAGGGUAUGCAGCAGCCCCAUGCCAGUGGUUUCAGUGGCAGUGCUGGUGGGGGAAAUGUGGCAGGAGGGGCGUAACUGCACCCUCCCUAUUCCUUAAAGGUAAGCCCCCUGCCGCCAAACUGUCCGACAGCUUAUGCACAUCCCUACGAGAGGGCUGCUGGGUAGAAGGAAAAGGAGUUGCCCAGGUGAGAGGGGAACAAUGGAGCAUGGAGGCUGACCACAUUCCGUCUCAGUGAAUCUGCAGAAAUUUGUGAGACAGAUUUGCAGGGGCUUGGAUCUCGCCAGGGCUUUGGGGAGAUUCAAGAGGCAAAAAGCCAAGCUGUGGCUUUUGGACGUUAGUGCAGGAGGAAGAAUUGUUAGUAAGACUUGCAUCAGAGGUUAUUUUACUUGUUGCUGUGCAUUUCCUAAAUAUCUGUUCUUUGUAACUGAAUAACUAAGAACACGCCACUUACGAAAAGAUCUGGGCAUUUUGAAUAUUAUUGUAACCAAGCUAAGUGUUUCUAAGUGCAACCAAAACUGUGAAACCUAAGACCACCUAGACUGUAGCAGCUUAACAAAAGGGUUUUCUCUGUUUUUACAAACCCUCACAGAGUGUUUGAUUAAAUGAGGGUGGAGGGUGGACGGGAAACCUCUAGUGCAAUCCGCCUCCCAACAGGGACACUAAGCCAGCUAUGGUUAGCUCACCAUGUGCAGGCAUACGGGUGGGGAGCAGCUGUUUUUCUAGUUGCCUGUUAGCAGGGGGAAGUUUGAAACUGGGAUUCUUAAUCAAUCCAAUUCCCAUUUAAAAAUUUUAUUAAGGAGUGAUUUGGUGGCAGCAAUUUAAAUUACCAGAGUCUCUUAUUUCUCUUUCGUCUUAAAAGUUAAGGAUUAAACUACUUUGUGCAAUCUUAUCCACUUCUCAGAUUGCAGGGAGGGGUGACUCAGCUGAUAAAGCCUCCCUCGUGAGUAGCUGGCCAAGACCGGUUAGUGGGUGGAUUCUUUACAGAGAAAAACUCUAUCCAUGCUCAGUGUGUGGAAAGAGCUUCAGCUGGAAGGACAAUCUUUCUGUCCACCAAAGAAUCCACACAGGGGACACCAUAUAUGUGCUCAGAGUGUGGAAACAGCUUCAUUAAGAAGGCCUAUUUUUCUGCCUGCCACAAACAGCAUCCCGCCCUCCCAGUAUGGACACUGUUAUAGAGGGGUGUCAAUGAAACUCUUCAGGAGUGCUGGCUGACCACUUCAGUGGUACUUUUGGACUAGUGUGGGAUAUCAAUGUGUCUAUAGGAAAGCGUCGAUGACAGUGUCUGAGCACCUCUAAGCAAUAGGUGCCUUGUCCUGGAUGGCAGUAGUCUCAGUUCAGAACUGGACGUACACUAGAGGGUGUAGUCUUAUCUGCCACUGCUCCAUCCAUCUCUGUAAACUCUAAUCCUGAGCGAAGCCAGUGGGCCUUGUGGGUAUUCAUGUGUAACUUGGAACCAGCAAGCUGGAUGUCAAAGAUCUGGAGGGCAGUGCAAUUGGUAGGAGGUGGGAGCCAAGGCUCGGUAAAAUGUGCGGAGGUGUGAACUGGGGGACCGUUCCUGAUCCUCCUAUGAUCCUGAACUGCUGAACGCCUGGCUAUAGUCCUUCUAAGGCUCCUUCUGUCCAUGCUUUUUGAUUGCUGGGGGAAAUAAUGGAGUUGCUAUCAGUAAGAAAAUCCACCACCACUACCCCUUCUUUCCACAUAUUGCCAUUGUUUUGGACAUUGCCUGCAAUGUGGGGCCUAAACUGGAAUUUGUCAACACAUGGCUGAAGGGAGUACAGGCGAGAAGCACACACGUUCCCAUGAGGAACUAACUUGGAGGAAUUCCAAGCCGUCCUUAUGGGACGAAAUGCUGCUUGAACAAAUUUUCGCUGCAAGUAGAAACUUUUCAAGGUAAAAGAUAGCAUUAGGUUGGAAGACAAAGCCUAGGGUUAAAAUGAAAGUGAGGUAAGACUUUAUCUGGAUGAAUUGCAUCUGGGUACAGAGAUGGAGCUCCUGUCCAGACUUUGAGCGGGAUGAAUGGAACCGUUUUCUCCAAAGCAAACCCCAACCUUUUUGGAAGGAAGUUCAACCUGGUACACGUGUGGACUGGCUCUGUUUGCCAAGUGGGUGGGGCCAUCUCAUCAGUGGGACACUGAAUGCUGUUUGAUUUGAAAUUUCCUGUAUAUGACUGAUUGGCCAACGUCCCACACUGUAGGGUGAUUGUUCCAUACAAGAACCCCCCUAUUAAGUAUUCCCAGUGCCCAAUAAUCCAGGCCAGUGCAAAACAUUCCUUCUCACAAGGGGAGAAGCGCUGCUCCAUUGAACUUGGCAGUUGUUGGGUGGGGGGGAGUUACACAUUUUAUUUUAAAGAACGAACAUUACAGUCCAAGACACUCACAAGAAUGAAUCACUUUCAUAUAAAGUUUUAAAGUAAAAAAGAAGAAAGAAAGAAAAAGAGAAAAGGAAAGGAAAAAACCCAACAAACAAUGCAUAUAUAUGUAAUCACCUUCUAAAGCACAUACAAUUCAUUAAAUUUUGACCAUAUAGCUUGAAACUCUUCUUCUUUGCCUAAACAGCGAAACAAAACCCAAUUCAAAUGCAGAUAAUGAACACAUUUCAGUAGUCCAAAGCUGAAGUUCUGGAGUAAAUCUGCUUUUCCAGUGUUGAGUUAUAAUCUUUUUUGGCGGCUGCCCAAGCACGAAGAAUCCACGGUUGUUGAUAAAGUGUUAAGUUCCAUAUCCUGGGAAUAUAUCCCAGGAGAACCUAGCUAUCUUUAAAACACAAUGAUGUCUUAUUUACAAUUGUCUUAGUGUCUUAUUUACAAUUUUAUGGACUUCAUCCCAAAAAGAUGCUAUAAUUGGGCAUGACCAAACCAUAUGUGACAAUGUCCCCUCAUAAAUACAUUUCCAGCCUACAGCGUUCUGAACCCAGCCCUUUCUGAACAUCCUCAGGGGAGUCCAGUAAGAGCGAAACAAAAGUUUUUGCUGAACAAGUCUCAAUUUAAGAUCUAUAUAUGCUCGUUUCAUUAUCCUUAAUGCUAUUAACCAUUGGUCUACCGUAAUGGUAUAUUCAAGAUCCUGAUUCCAUAAUACACGAAUAUAAUCAAUAUCAACCUUGUCUUUCUUUUUAAGUUUUAAAUACAAUGAAACUAUAGGUUUAGCUUUUUCUGGCAGAUGUUCCAAAUCCAGUAUUAAUGAUGGAGUUUCUGAAGCAGCAAGUGCAUCAUGUCCAAAUAACUGUGUUAAAAGGUGCCUUAAUUGUCUAUAUGGUUUUAAUGCUGUUUUAAAAGAUUAUUUUAAAAAAUUUAAAAUGUUGUAAUGUGUGUGUUUCCCCCCUCCCCAUUUUUGUCUUAAUGAAUGUUUUACUUUGUUUUUAUCCUGUUGUAAACUGCCCAGAGAUGUAAGUUUUGUGUGGUAUAAAAAUGUUUCAAUAAAUAAAUUAAUUAAAUUGCCA